AUGCCUCCCAAGAGAGCUAAGAAGGGUUCCUCAGCCCAGAUCAAGGCUGCCAUUGCCAACACUCAGGCUGGUGUCGAUCAGUCUACCCAGCAGCAGAACGUCCAGCCUGAUGCUGAGACUCAAGUUGACAAUGACACGCAGCACGAUGAUGGUGUUCAGUCAAGCGCUCAUGCCAGCAGCUCCCACAGCAACAUUGCUGACGGCGCAAUGUCUUCCACUGCUGAUGAAGCUCCUGCUCCUACACCCGAUACUGAGAUCUCUGAUGUUAAUGUCAAUGAUGCUGAGCCUGAGUCUGAGCCUAUCCAGAAGACUGUCGCAAGAAAGUCAACUGCUGGAAAAGCAGUGCCCAGCGUGAACGCCGAUGGCAAGAGAAAGAAGAAACGCAAGAACGACCCUACCAACUUUACGGCGUACAUUCACAAGGUGCUCAAGCAGCUUGACCGCGAUGGAACCAUCACUACUUCUGCCAUGCAGAUCAUGAAUGAUCUCAUCAAGGAUCUCUGUAUGCGCCUUGCAGAGCUUGCGUCCGAUCUGUGCAAGAAACAGAAGAGGCCCACUUUGUCUGCUCACGACUUCCAGACAGCUACGAAGCUCAUCCUCCCAAGCGGUCUGGGCAAAGAGGCUCACAUCGAAGGCAGCAAGUCUCUGCACGUCUACAACAAGGCCGUCAAGGCUGACCAGGCCAAGAGGGAGUCGAGAAAGAAGACUUGA